UAAACAUAGUGAUGAGACGCGACCACUGUAGAAAGCGUCUGUAGCGCACGCGGCUUUAUGAGAUUGCGCAGACACGCGCUAACGGGAUGACGGACUGGAUGAGCUGAAGCGUUUCACAAACCUCUGAUCUUUACACAGCACAAUAACUAAAAACAAACAAACAAGAAACUUCAGACGGAACAUUUCUAUUAAAAACAGCAAGGAUAUCGGUUAAUGAUGACUAUAGACGCGCCAGUGAUUUUGUCCGCACUUUUCUUUACAAUUAUUGCCAUCAUAGUUGCGUCGACGCUUCUGGCGAGGAAAUCUGCGCCAAAGAAAGAAACCAAGAGACGCGAGGAGGAGAACUCAGAUUUGAAUCAAUCCAGAGACAGAGAGGAGACAUCUGUUGCUCAUGUAAGAGCUGAGAUACAUCAACAAACACCUGUGCAGGCAGCGGAAGACGUAGAGGAGAAGAUCGUCACUGAGCUGAAAAAUGAGGAGGCCGUUACAGUCGCCCCUGUUAUUGAGGAGGUUAGUGUUGUGGAGGAAACAUAUGAUGUGGAACCUGAAGUCAUCUCUGUUCAAGUGGCACCUGUUCAGGCAGCUCUAGUGCCAGAGCCUGUUCCUGAGGAUGUUGUAGAACCCACACCUGUGGAGAAGCUCACCCAUGCACCAGAGCCAGUGGCUGCGUUAAUAGAGGAGCCAGUGGCAGAACCAGUCACAGUGGUGCUCAGGUCCGAGUCUGCCCCUAAGCCAGAAUCUGUGGCCAUCUCUGAACUUGAAUUUGUGCCUGUCUCUGAAUCGGAAUCUGUGCCCGUCUCUGAACCAAAAUCUGUAUCCAUUCUUGAAACUGAAUCUGCGCCCAUCUCUGAACCGGAAUCUGCGCUCGUGGAAUCUGCGCCCGUCUCUGAACCGGAAUCUGCGCCCAUAUCUGAACCGGAAUCUGCGCCCGUCUCUGAACCGGAAUCUGUGCAUGUCUCUGAACCGGUAUCUGCGCCCUUCUCUGAAGCGGAAUUUUCACCCAUCCCUGAACCGGAACCUGCGCCCGUCUCUGAACUGGAACCUGCGCCCGUCUCUGAACUGGAACCUGCGCCCGUCUCUGAACCGGAACCUGCGCCCGUCUCUGAACUGGAACCUGCGCCCGUCUCUGAACCGGAACCUGCGCCCGUCUCUGAACCGGAACCUGCGCCCGUCUCUGAACCAGAACCUGCGCCCGUCUUUGAACCGGAACCUGCGCCCGUCUCUGAACCGGAACCUGCGCCCGUCUCUGAACCGGAACCUGCCCCCGUCCCUGAACCGGAAUCUGCGCCCGUCCCUGAACCAGAAUCUGUGUCUAUCCCUGAAUUGGAAUCUGUGCCAGUCUCUAAACUUAAAUCUGUCCCUGUCUCUGAACAGAGAUCUGUGUCUAUCCCUAAAUCCAAAUCUGUGCCCGUCCUUGAACCUAAAUCUGUACCCAUCCCUGAACCUAAGUCUACGCCCAUCCCAGAAUCAGAACCUGUGCUUGUCUCUGAAUCCUUGCCCGUCCCUCAAUCCUCACCCAUCCCUGAACAUGAAUCCUUGCCCCUCCCUGAACCUGUCCACAUCCCUGAGCCACAACAUGUGCCUGAAGCAAAAUCUGGCUCUGCUCCUGAACCAGAAUCUGUGCCGUCACUAGAAUCAGAAUUUGCCCCCAAUCUUGAGCCAAAGUCUGCACCCAUCCCUGAACUGGAAUCUGUGCCCUCCUCUGCACUGAAAUCUUCACCUAUACCUAAACCGCAAUCUGCUCCAAUCCUUGAAUCAGAAUCUGAACCCAUCCCAGAGCCACAACCUGUGCCUGAAGCAAAAUCUGAAUCCGUCCCUGAACCAGAAUCUGCACCCAUCCCUGAACAUAAGUCUACACCCAUCCCAGAAUCAGAAUCUGCGCUUGUCCCUGAACCAAAAUCUGAAUCCGUCCCUGAACUGGAAUCUGCUCCAAUCCCUGAGCCAAAGUCUGCACCCAAUCUUGAAUCAGAAUCUGAGCUCAAAUCUGCACUCGCCUCUGAGCCCACCCCUGAACCAUCAUCUGCGCCUGCCCCAGAGACCUCUCCAGCAGCUGAAACUGUUCCAGAGAUCGUAGAGCUUAAUGAUGUUGCAGCUGCGCCAGGGAUAGAUGAUGGUGAGACCCCCGCAAUCGUGCCUGAUAAGAAGAGGACCACCAAGUUUGAGGGAAGAUUGACCAAAGAAGAGAUGGAGGAAGAGCAAAGGAUAGAGUUCACAAAUGACUUUACCACUCUUUAAACGUCAGCAGGCGAUAUUGCCUGUUUCAGGUCACUGAGUUGCUGAGUAAGCAGAACUUGGUGGGCGAGAGGAAACAGUGCCCUAAAAAUGAACCUUCAAGACCUUCAAGGGACAACUUUUAUUGACUGUGUCAAAAAAGUAUUGAGAUAAUAAGCAUUGCUUUUUUUUAGUCUUUUUUUUUUUGUAUAGGUCACAUUGCAGGAUGGCCUAUGAAUAGUGAGCUUUAUCAAGCAAAAUGCCAAAGAAUAGAAAAUAAUUAUAUUAUUAUUUAAAUGUUUUGUCAUAAGGAAGCUUUCUUUUAGUUUAACAGUAUUGUUAAAUGUCCCUUACAAAAAGAUUUAAGACUGUAAAUAGAGGAAUUGUCAGUAAACCAGCUGUUUACUGUUGUUUUUGUUUGUAUUUUCUUUCUUUAAUCAUUUAAAAAUACACAUUGUAUCCAGCAUGCUCUUCUGAAAUAUCAGCACGACUCCUUGUGGACAGACAGCGCUAUGGCGACUGUAGAGUCAGAGUUUCAUGAAAUAAAGAUGAUGGAUUUUUUUGUUGUAAUUGUGGUAUAAUAAUUAGGGUAAUGGUUGAACCUCUCACAUAACAUGACCAGAUCAAUGUAUACAUCAGAAUUACAAAAAAUAAUUACACUUUUAUGAAAAAAAGCUUUUUUUGUUUUAUUUAAUGGCAAAAUUCAGCCAUUUAAUAUUUCUCACAUUUCUGCAAUGCAAGGUUUUAUCUUCAUGUCAAAUUAGUAUGAAUUUCUUUUAGAUUAAGUACUUUUAUCAGUUUACAAAGGAUCAGAAGCAAUUUCCAUAAAGUUAAGCUAUAGAGACAAAGUCAGAAUAGAGAAGAGAUUAUGAAGAGUUUUUUUUUUUAAUAAAUAGAAUUGAUUUAUAGAAAGUGUUUUAAUUGUAGUUUAAGUUGGAAGCUCAUUACACCACAGAGGAAAAAAGAAAGUAAAGAGAAAGUGGAAGGUUUGUACAGUAUGUCACUGAGAAAAGCGUAGAAACGUGCCUGGA